AUGCAGAUGAGCAGUAAGGUGGAAGGAAAUCCUGUCAUUUACACCGGUCCACUUGCGACAGUUGCUAAGCGCCUCAAGCUUUUUUCCAUCGGUUCACUUGGCCUUAGUGGCGCUAUCUCACCCUUUGUGUUCAUUCUGGACUUUCCAGUUCCAGUCGUUGCGAAGACUGUUCUGGUAGCAUCGGCUCUGUUCACAAGUGUUUCAUCCACUGCCUUGAUCAAUUGGGUCAUGUCUCCCUACGUUACCAAGGCAACCAUGUCACCAUCUGACGCAGAUUCCAUCAACUUACAUACGCUGAAUGUUUUCGCACAAGAGCAUAUCACUACUGUGCCUAUCCAGGACUUACAGCCAUCCACUCGAGUAUUUACAACAAUCAUGAUAAACGAAGGGAAAAUUGGCGAAGCUACAGGCAGAGUUGGUGGAAAGAUUGUCAAGCCAAAGCAAGUUUUCUACGUUCAUCCCGAGAUCUGCCACGACGGGCCCUUGAGCAAUGCAUUGAUAGGUGCAACCGCCGAACACCACCAGACACCCAUGUCACAAUAA